AUGCGGCCCCAGAUGGUGAUCAUCUCCCGCGCCGGCACGCGCAAGCUGCUGAACUUGGACGAGGUGGCGACGGCGGCCACGGAGCUUGGGUUCAACGUGACGGUGGCCGAGGCCGCGGCCGACAUGCCGGGGUUCGCGGUGCUGGUGAACGCGGAGGACGUGCUGCUGGCGGUGCACGGCGCCUGGCUGACGAACCAGAUCUUCCUACCGACGCAGGCGGUGGUGCUGCAGAUCGUGCCGUGGUGGAGCAUGGACAGGACGACGACCAACUUCUACGGGCAGCCGGCGCGGGACAUGCAGCUCCGGUACGUGGAGUACUACGUCGACGAGCAGGAGACGAGCAUGACAAUGGCAACUCUGAAUCUUCAGAUUCAGCCUUUACACUAUGGUACUGCAUGCAGUGAAAAUGUCAACUUUAAAACUCCACAUUCAACAUUUUUCUACAGCUCAGAUUAUCUCAUAUGA